AUGGAUUCGGUUGAGGAACAGGCUUUGUUCUUGGAAGAUGGACUCCUAGAACAGAAUGGAAGUAAUGGACUCCACACAGGAGAUGGCUCAGUCGACAUUAAUGGGAAGCCUGUUCUUAAGCAGAAGACUGGAAAUUGGAAAGCAUGCUCUUUCAUAUUGGGACAUGAAUGCUGUGAACGCUUAGCCUACUAUGGAAUUGCUACUAAUCUCGUCACUUAUCUUACCCACAAGCUACACGAAGGAAAUGUUUCAGCUGCAAAAAGUGUCAACAUUUGGGCUGGAACUUGCUACUUUACUCCCCUCAUUGGCGCCAUGUUGGCAGAUGCUUACUGGGGACGAUAUUGGACAAUUGCUGCUUUCUCCACAAUUUACUUCAUUGGAAUGUGUACUUUGACUCUCUCAGCAUCUAUUCCUGCUUUAAAGCCAGCUGAAUGUGUAGGUUCUGUGUGCCCUCCAGCAACUCCGGCUCAGUAUGCAAUUUCAGAGUCCCGGGGGAGCCCUUUUACAAGAAUGUGCCAAGUUGUGGUUGCGUCAUUCCAUAAGUGGAAUCUGGAGGUCCCCCAAGACAGUAGUCUCCUAUAUGAAACAGAAGAAAAACACUCCGCUAUUGAAGGAAGCCGGAAACUGGUGCACAGCAAGGAAUUGAAGUGUCUUGAUAAAGCUGCUGUACUGUCGGAGGCUGAGAUCAAAAGUGGGGACUUCGCAGAUCCAUGGAGGCUUUGUACUGUGACUCAGGUGGAGGAAUUGAAGGUUUUGAUCCGCAUGUUUCCAAUCUGGGCUACAGGAAUUAUUUUUUCUGCUGUCAAUGCUCAAAUGGGUACAUUGUUUGUGGAACAAGGGAUGCUGAUGGACAAGACAAUUGGUUCUUUCACCAUCCCUCCUGCUUCUAUGUCAACAAUUGAUGUUAUUGGUGUUAUUUGCUGGGUCCCAAUCUAUGAUAGGAUUAUCGUUCCACUUGCAAGAAAGUUCACUGGCAAAGAGAGGGGCUUCUCAGAGUUGCAGCGUAUGGGAAUCGGCUUGUUCAUUUCGACACUAUCAAUGACAGCUGCAGCAUUGGUAGAGAUUAACCGCUUGCAGCUUGCAAAGGAGCUUGGACUGGUUGGUGAAGCUGUCGAGGUGCCUCUUAGUAUCCUUUGGCAAAUUCCCCAGUGUAUGCUGAUGGGUGUGGCGGAAGUUUUUACAGCCAUUGGUCAGAUAGAAUUUUUCUAUGAACAAUCUCCAGAUGCCAUGCGGAGUCUAAGCACUGCAUUUGCUCUCCUGACGGUAUCUUUCGGUAGUUACCUGAGCUCCUUCAUUCUGAAUAUGGUAACUUACUUCACAACAGCAGGUGGGGAGACCGGAUGGAUUCCAGAUAACUUGAAUAAUGGGCACCUUGAUUAUUUCUUCUGGCUUUUAGCUGGACUCAGCUUCGCCAACAUGUUGAUCUACAUUGUUUGUGCCAAGAAAUAUAAACAGAAGAAGGCUUCCUAA